UCAGUUUUUGAUGCGAAUUGGUAUUUAGAUAUAAUAUCUUAGUACCAAAUGAAUUCCCAACUUCCAAAAACAGAUUCAAGUUUUAUAGAGGCUAAACGUCGCGAGUUAAAAGAGUUUUUCAAAGAUAGCAAAUUUUCUGAGAAUGUUAUUAAUAAUGUUAUAGAAAAUGAAUUAAAGCCCAUUAUUGAAGAUAAAUACGAGGUUGUCCCUUAUAUUGCUGCAUCGGGUUCUGGAGAUGUAAAAUCCGAAUAUGAAGUGAUGUCAGGUCAACCUUUUACGGAAAUCGCUGAUUAUAACAAACCUUUAAAUUCCGCAGAAGUAAAGGAAAUGAUAAAAGACAGUCCAAUUAUUGCAGAAAAAGCUCGCCAAAUACAAAUAACAUCUAACCGCGAAGGACGAGCAAAAGUUAAUAUAAUUCCGUAUGAUCAAAUUAACAUGGACACGAUUGACGAAAUGACUCAAGAGCUUUAUGAAGCCGAUGGCGAUGCAGACAAAAUAAAAAAAAUAAAAUAUAAGAAUAUGCAGGCAUUGUUCAAGUCUGUUGACGAAUUUGCAGGAAGAAAAUUUAUAAAGGAUUCUGUUGACGAAGAAAAUAGAAAUGAAAGUCAAGAAUCCAGUAGUGAUGAGAGAGAAUUCGAAUCAAUAGAUAAAGUCGUUUCAGAAUUAACAAAUAAAUCACAUGAGACUCGCUUUAAUGAAACAAAAGAUAUGCUACAAAAAUUGGCGGAUAAAUAUGAUGAUCCGAAUCAAAUAGAAAGUCGAGAUCGGUCUAGGAAACUAAUCAUUACAGAGGAUCCAAUAUUAAAGGCAUCUUCAUCUCAAAUUAUCAAAGGUGUAAUAAGACGUUCAGCAAUUGACGAAAUCAAAGAGAAUUACAAAAUCAAUGAAACAAUGAAUAUUUCUCUACUUGAUAAUCCAGUAAAACUGGACCUUAGAUCAAUACAAUUAAAGCAAGAACCAAAUGCAAAAACUAUAUCCGAAGACGAGAUAAUUAACGCGGAGGAGGUUUUUCCUAAGACCUUUGAAGCAAAAAUAAAACAUACCGAAAAGGCGCUAAGAAACAUUAACUCUAUUUUAAGCUCUAUUGAAGUUGGUAAAGAUAAAAAAAAUACAUGUGUUGAUGCAACAGAUCAAGACCUAAUAAGGAUAUCAAAUGAUAAUUGUGUAGAAUCAUUAACUGAAAAAAAUGAUAAUGAAGAGCAAAGUAAAGUUAAAUUAGACGUAAAAAAGGAAGAGUUACAUCAAAAUAUUAAUGAAUUAGGAACUUCUGAUAACUUAGAGAAUAAACAAUUAGAAUAUAAAGAAAUGAAAAACCUAGCUCGCAAUAUCGUCGACGGAGCUGAGAACCUCAGCUUAUUGAUACGAGAAGACAUAACAAAUAAACUAAACAGUAUGAAUGAACUGUUGAAUGAUGUAAAUGUUGCCCUAGAAAACUCUAGGAAAUCUAAUUUGGCUUAUCAAAAACUGAGAGAAGAAAGCGAACAGAGGAUAAAGAGUAAAGAAGACCGCGUAGGCAAAACUGAAGACACGGAGCUUGGUGAGAAGAGUACCAAAUGCUCUGUGACACAGUUAGACUUGAACGAUAUUCAUUCUGCUAUAAGUAGUCUUAAUACGGAAAUACACUGUCACGAGGACCGAAUAAAGAAGAGCAAAGCAAGCUGUGAAAUGAGAACGAAACAAUGCAAGGAAUUUGUCAAAGAAAUAAAUAAUGUGUUACAAGUAUCACAUGAAGUAUUACACCCUAAGCCUAUUUCUUCCGCUUCUAUAGAUAAUCUUACAUCUCAAGAAGUUUCCACAAAAACUUCUAGGAUACCAGAUGAUAGAUCAAAGAAAACACGCAAAGAGUUAUGGGAUGUUGAAAUUGAUUGCAAAGAUGAAAAAAAUAAAAAUAUGCCUGAUCCAAAUCAACAAGAAUUAAAACGUACAGAGCGGAUUAAUGAUCUUUUGUUAAAUAUUAAAGAUAAAAUGAAAGAUAAUAAGGAAGUCUUGAGAAUAGCAAAUAAUUUAUUACAUAGUGGGAAAAGUCAAAAAGUUUCUGAAAAUUCAUGUAAAAUAAUAGAACUUCCAGCUGAUAAUGAUAUAAAGGCACAAGGGGACCAUAUGCGCAAAGAGGAAAAUAAUGCCAUUCCAAAAGCAUCCGUGGUCCCGUUACUUGAAGAAGAUAAAAAAGAUCUUGAGACGGAAAAAAAAGAUGAAGUAAAGCAAAAACAAAGGGAGUUCAAAAUGAAAAUAGAAAAAGAAUUAGAAGAAGAAAAUAAAGGUCCACGAAUGACGAAGGAGUUUAUCCGCAAACUGUGCAAACAGCAUAAGCUUUACUGCACACCAUAUCUUAACGACAUAUUAUAUUUGCACUUCAAGGGUUUCUCAAGAAUCGAAAACCUUGAAGAGUAUACUGGUCUUAAAUGUAUAUUCUUAGAAAACAAUGGUAUUCAAAGAAUUGAAGGUUUAGACACUUUGUCGGAGUUAAAGUGUCUAUACUUGCAUUACAAUAUUGUACGUAAAAUAGAAAACCUGGAUGGUUGUCCAAAGCUGGAUACAUUGAAUUUGGAUCACAACUUUGUAACAAAGAUUGAAAAUUUGGAUGCCGUCCCAGAUCUUCAUACCUUGAGUAUAGGCCAUAAUAUGUUAACUACUGUUGAUGAUCUGGAACACCUGAGAACUUGUAGAAAUCUCUCAGUUGUGGAUUUAUCAUAUAACCGAUUGGAAGAUCCUCUUAUAGUCGACGUUUUGGCUGAUAUGAGCAUAUUAAAAGUACUGGUAUUAACGGGUAAUCCAGUCGUCCGUAAUAUUCCUGCCUACCGUAAGACUUUAACACUGCGACUAAAAGAGUUGCUGAACUUGGACAACCGUCCAGUAUUCCCGCGGGACCGUGCUUGUGCUGAGGCGUGGCAGCGCGGCGGUGUGCAAGAGGAAAUUGCUGAGAGGCAACGCUGGAUUGCCCGAGAUCAAGAAAAAGUAAUGGAGAGCGUAAGAUAUCUCAUGAAAAUGAAAGAAGAGAAUAGAGCCAAGAGAGAGGCGAGAGAGAAAGAAGCGAGGGAGCAAAAUGGUCUUUCACCAAAGGACGAAGAAAAAGAAGAAGCAGACGAAAAGACAACAGUAGAUGAAAAAGUACUUGAAAUGAAAACCAAGGAUGGUGUCGCAGUAGACAUGCUAACGGGGUCUGAGGCUGAAGAUAGCACUAGUGAAAGCUCCAGUGACAGUGAUGGUGAUAGUGAAGAACAAGAAACGCCGAAAAUCGAAUGGUCACAAAUCGAGAAAGGGAAGACUUUAGUACAAGAGCUGAAGGAAGAGCGUCAUAGCGAACCAGUUGAUUAUUGGACCGGCUUUGGAAAACCACCUUCUACGGUCAUGGGGGAUGUGCAAUUCUCAUCUGAAGCACAAGCAUUAAGUAGCAUACUCUUCGGUCAAACACCACACACGACAAAGAAAGAUAGUAAGGGGAAUGAAAAACCUAAUACUUCAGGCGUAAAAAUAAUCGAAGUACAUAACGACCAGUCAUUAAAUGUGGAUACUCAGAAACCAUUAUUAGAAGUAAUUGAAAAAAACACAGUCGAUGAAGAUACCCCGAUACAUGAAAAUGUGACAAGUAAUAUUACGGAAACGAAUACAGGGAUCAUAGACCAUGACAGAAAGUUAUUGAUAGAAAAAUGUAGUGUUUCUAAGUCCAAAUUUUUAACUUCCAAAAAAAAAGUUAAUGUAACUAUUAAGGAAGUGCAUAAAGAAACAACGGGUUUAGAGGAAAACAUGGUAGGAAAUGAUGGAAGUGAUGAAACAGCUGUAAAUAAUACAGAAAUAGAAGAAACUGGUUAUGACGUAAUCGGUGUUGAAAGAAGACGACGUGUCGAACAAAGUAAAGAUGACGGUGUAGCCCUUAUAAAUUUUCUCGGGAACACUGACGUGGAGACAAACGAUGAGGCCUUGCAGCCAAGUUCUGAGGACCUGGAGAUAUUUGCAGAACUGGAGCGAGAACAGAUAGAGAGAGAUGCACGAAUCGCACGGGGAGAACCUGCUGUUGAUCCUAUGAAACUUUACGAUAAGAAUAUAAUGGAUGAGUACCAUAAAAAUUUGGAGCGUGUGCCAGCGCAUCGGGUCACUGAGAAAAACUAUGUCACCACAUACAAAAAUGACAACGCGUUCGACCGCAUCGCUCUCAGCCAACUCACUAUGGGAGAGCAACCAGAUCCUAACAAGGUUAAGCUCACUCACGUUCCGGGAGCUGUUCUCUUUGAAUAUGUUGAGAAGCAGAAGCCCAUCGAACUUCAAUAUGAGAUAGGAGAGGAACACUUCGAUUCCCCGCCAUCAUCAGACGAAACACAGUCUAUACACAUAGAUAGUGAUUCAAACAGCGAGGAUAUCGACGUGAUACCAAAACAGGAAACAACUAAAACGAGACCAAAAACAGCAGCAAGUCGACGCAGUUUGACGCAAAAAGAUGAUUUGAGAUGUACCUACAUAAUUUGUGAAAGUUUUUGUGUUAUUAAAAUGUUUCUUAAAUUUGGCUUAAUAUCAUUAGGCGCAGUAGAAGUCAAUGAACCAAGUACGUCUGGUGUAAACUCGGCAAGAGAUGAAGCUAAGCAGUCAAUUAUUCAGACGAUCAAUAAUUCAUGUGAUGAUGACAGGUUUCCCUCGCAAGGAAUAAAUUUUGCUGACAUGGAAGAAAACGCUCGUAUAGAGGACACAGUGGCCUCGGAGAUUUUGGACAAAACUUUACAAUACGAGGAGGCAGAGCACUAUCGACAGUGCGGGAUCGUGACAUCACACGCUGGGAAGGUCGAUAAUCGCACCAAUUCUAUCAUAGAGAGCAUCUCGGAACAGCUGGAUAACCAGUAUACGAUUCCCGAAGUAUCCCAAAUAGUAGAUGCACAUAUAGGCUUGGCUGAGCAAAGAUGGCGUGCCGGCGAAUACGUCCAUUACAUUCCAAGUCCACCUGAAUCUAUAAUUGACAACGUCAGUGACAAUGACACAACACUUGUACCAAGCAACGAGAGUUUGUUGGAAGACACUCUAACUGACGAAUGUAAACAAGUAAUGGCAAAUAAUGAAGCAAAUGAUUCUGGAAUUGGGAACGAUAAACUUGAUAAUUCAAAGGCUCUUGAAGAAUUUUAUGAACCUAUAACAAAUGAAUCUGAGAUCCUUAAUCUUUCUGCAAGUGAGGAAGUCUUUGAAGAUUGUUUUGAUACUGAAACCAAGAGUUUUGAUAGAGUUGAUGAGAGCUAUAGUUUGGAGAUGAAGAUUGCUCUAGGUAUUGAUAAGAAGUAAAUUUCUUAGCAUACGCACAAGAAGUUAAUGUAUCAUUGUCAAGGACUUAAGUUGCGCGUUUCUUUGUUUUAGUUUCUUUUUUUCUUAUUACAAAUACGAGCUGUCUUGAUAGUUUCACAUUUGAUUUUAUAGUUUGUGUGGUAGUUAAAUGAGCAUUAGACACGUUUAAGAUUUUUAGGCUCAAUUCUUGUAAGCUACGUUGAUUACGUCGUUAAUGUGAUGUUGUUAUUAUCAACAUCAUUCGUUUUAUGAACUACAAUUAUCUUCAAUUGUAUAAAUCGUUGGUAGCCGCCCUUGUCAUCGUAAAACUGUGGUUGUUUGUCUCUUUCGAUACAACUUCGUGUUAUUUUAUGAACCUUCGACAUUAAACUGUACGCAUGUUUUACAAUUGCAAAACCUACAGUUUAACAGAAAGUUUUAUAUAGAUCCAAAUUUAAGGCUCCGACACACCUUACAUUAGCUUGAGUAACAAAAUAUGCACUGGAUUAUGGAAAUAUAGGGUUGGUUGUGCACUUUGUAGGAAAAAAUUAAAACGGGAAUUCUUUUUUAAUUAUCUUAUUAACUUGUGAUUAGGAUUGUUUAGCU